AUGUUUAAAGUGAACGGACACCAAACGCUCACGGCAAAGGAGAAAAAAUUCAGCCGACAGGUUGAGAAGUUAUUGCCGACGUUUGAAGCACUAGAAGAAUGGGCAGACUACAUUGCGUUUCUUUCGAGGCUUCAGAAGAUGUUGCAGUCGUAUAAGGAGACAAUCGACGUGAAUAGCUCAUUCUUUGUGCCGGCCGCGAGAGAAGUUGGGUAUUGCCUAUCGCUUUGUUUAUCGCCUGAGUUGCCCAAUGGCGUCCACCAAAAGACUUUACAUAUCUACGAACUCAUCUUGCUGAACCUACCGAGGAAGAGCCUCAACCAGGAGUUGUCUGUUUGGAUGAGCGGCAUAUUCCCCUUGUUUUCGUAUUCAUCGAUCCUGAUCAAGCCACUUCAACUACACAUCUUUAGGGAUUUGCUCAUACCGAAUUUGGACCAGAAAAGCUUCCGAUCUAUAUCCAAGCCCUUUAUGCUCUGCCUUCUUUCUGGUCUCGAAGACGAAAACUCGGAGACUUUCGACGAUGUGAUCAAUUUACUAAAAAUUUUCAAGAGCUCGCUAAAUAACGAUGCUUAUUUCUGGCAUUGCAUGUUCUUUUGCAUUAUAACCAACCCCGAACGACGAAUGGGCGCACUCAAAUGGUGUGAACGGUUUCUUCCCGAGUUUCCCAAUGCAAGGGACUCGGACGGUAACGCCCUACUUUCCGAGGAGGCAAAGUUGUGCUUGACGCCUGAGGCUGGGUUAAUAGUGCGGGCCUUUACUGCUGCCAUCGAUAACUCUAGUCCCGAUAUCAUUGUAACCAGGGGCUUUUUUGACUUGCUAUUGUCGCGCACCCCCUUGGACAGCCCGAUUUUUGAGUCCUGGGUGCCGUCGAGAGACAAGGAGUCCUUGCUAAUGGCAUGCUGCCAACUCACAAUGAGAAAAGACAUGAGUCUCAAUCGAAGAGUCUGGAACUACGUUCUUGGGCCCGAUAACGAAGGUGACAACAAGGUGGUGGCCACUAGGCGAGAGUACUUUAAAGCGCACGCAUUAGCACCGUUGAGCCACGGUCUACUUUCCAUGAUGAGUUCCGAGUCCCUACAAGAGAAAAUCACAGCGUUUACCAUUUCCGUGUAUUUGAUCAUGGACAGGUGGGAGAUAAACCACGAACUAACGCCAGUUUUAUUUUCGUCAUUCUUGAAGACUUGUUACCAAAACAGAUACGCCGAAAAGUUGAAGCCAAGUGCACUCAGGUUUUUUGAAGAGACAAAGUCCUUCUACGCGUGGAGGGAAAUUGUGGAACCGCUUUCAUCGCAUGGCGAGAAGGAUUGCGAUUACGGCUUUGUAGACUUUGUCUUGAAAAGCUUUCAUGUGCAAGAAGAAGAGCUGUUGGCUAUCCACGUGCCGUUGGUGGUGGCAUCGUGCCUCCUUGGCUCUGAAUCAGGGUCAGGGUCAGGGUCAGGAUCCGGGUCCGGAUCCACAUCUACAUCCAUGAGUUCUCGAAAGUUGGAAGUGUUGGAGUCUUUAUUGAACCUCGUGCCUCCGUCCGUAUUAGAUCAGACAAAGGAAACAAAAGAACAGGCAGUGUCCGUGGACCCGGAAUUGGAUCGAACGAGGAUAUUGACUUGGUACCGAGCCCUUUCAGAUGAUGACGGCUGCAAACCACCAUACGAACAGUCCCAAGUUGUUGCUUUCAUCUUACACCGGUUUGCUGAGAUGUACGUGCGGGAUAUAGCUACUCGGCCUUACGGACCGAGGUUUUACGAGUUUGCCUCGCUUAUACUCUCUCAGUUUAGUCUGGACACAAUCAAGCGGGACAUUACAGCAUCAGUCACUGAGCAGUUAUUGGAAAUGUCCCCAGAUAGUGAAAAUGCACCGAUAAUUGUGUUUAUCUCAAACUCACUCAGCAAGAUCUUGGGCGGGCAACCGCUGAAGUUUGCUAGUUGGUUUCAAUGCGAAAAAUAUACAAAGGCGGCAUUAGUUGUGCUAUGGACGUCCAUCACUUCGGCAAAUCCAGCAAAUUACCAGUUGGAGGCUGUAAAAUGCGUCAUUGACAUGAGGCAGAGCUUUUCGAGCGAGAUUAUCGAUGCCGGUGUACUUGAGUUGUUCAUCGGGUCGCCGUUUUUUAAGAAAAUCGUUGCAUUUGAAUCGUUUUGGUCACACACAUCAACCGAGGCAGACCCAGUUCUAGAGAGGUUGCUUGAAGUCUUGAUCGACGACGCGAGGGAAACCAACAACCGUGAGUCCUUUAACAAAAUGAUUGCAAGGUGUUUCAAGAAUGGCUCUUCGCUGAGGUUCCUCAAAAUUUUGGUUACCCCAGCUUGCGAUUUUGAGUUUAUGAGCAAGUCCGUCGCGACGCUCAGCCGUCAAGAUGACUUGGCGCGGUUCUUGUAUUGCAUUCAAAAUAUCGAGGCGUGCCUCGAUAAAGACAACAUGAAAUUUUUUGCAGACCAUCUUGCCGGGGACGUGGUUGACGUGCAGGACCAUAGAAGACUCGACGUGAUAAAAUCCAAUGCGUGGGACGGUUUAACUUACAAGAAUUUCCUCAUCAAUUUGGUUGGCCAUUUCAUCACGCUAACGGUGAAUUCACCAGAUACUGAUCUUGCCCAGCUAUGCGAGUGCGCCAGCACUUGUCUCAGCAUCUACCAGAAGUCGGUCAAUGGGGCAGAAAAGAAUUUCUCAGUUUUAUUCGCCAAUCUAUUGCUGGACGCGUUCAAGUUUCUGAAGAGGGAGUCCAAAUCGAGCGACGAACCCAUCAUGUCGCGGUUCUUGGAUUGCAUCGUUUACUUUGUCAACUGUGCUCGCUCUUUGAAUGUUGACUUGAAUCUAUUGCACGUAGAAGAGCAAGAAAAAGAGCCGCUUUUGAUCAACUUUAUCACGCGAGGGAUUGGAAACUGCCGCGAUUCGGUCUUGAUGGAAAAAUGGGUGCACUUGCUCAUGAUGUCAAUCCAACUCUUUUCAGAGUCCGUGUUUAGCGUUUUGCUCGUCUUGAACGAUACAAUCUUGGGGAAAAUCAACGGGUUGUUUGAAAGGCUACUAAAUUGGGAAGAGUUUGAAGAUGAAGAAAACUUUGAGUCUUCAAUGUCGUCGUUGUUUGGCGGACUUGAGAGCUUGCUCACGAUGAGCCACGGGUUCUUGAUGCACUCGCGGGCUAAAAAGCAAGCCGAGCUGCAAAUGACGGGGAAAAGCCCCGAUGUUGGGUUUUUGAACAACGUUAUCCAAGGGGUGUUUCUGAUAGAGUCACCUUUAACCAGGACGAGCGAGGAAAAUAAGCUUUACUCGACCCUCAUUGCGUUCCACGAUGCGGUCAAGGUCCUUUUCAAGAUUUGGAAUUGGGCCGACUCCAAAUGCCAAGUUCCGGACAAUGUCGCCAAAUACUCAACGAGAUCGUUGGUUUACGUUUCCUACAAAAUCAAAUUCAGGGUCAAGAGGUUAUUCGACACCUUGUUUGGGCUUGAGAAGCAGGAAGUGAUUACGUCCUUGGUGGCCUCCAGAGGUGAUUCGUUCACCAUCUUGAAAUUGUUAAACGUUUUGGAUAGCGGCAGGUCUCACAUCACUUUGCCGGUUUUGCUUGAUUUCAUUACCUUUAGAUGCAAUCCGCAGUUGGUCUCGACUUCUUACAAGUCCUAUAUUGAGUCUGAAGUCGAUAUCGAGGCGCUCUCGGCGUUUUUGGUGGAUUUCUACGAGUUGAUGGAUGUCGACACCGUGUUGGACGUAUGGUUGUCCACCAUUGCAUUUAUGGAGAAAGUGCUGGUCGACUUUGGUGAUUUCGAAGUGAUUGUCCCCAACGUGUUGAAAAUCUGCAACAUUCUUGCGAUGAAGUCGAAAAAUGGCGCACGCAGCCGCGAUUUAAAGAACAGGAAAUCAUUAUCGGAUGUUUUCAAUCGGUUAUUUACCCAACUCAUUAGUCGCGAAAAUGGUGGAUCGAAUGGCAACUACAAUGACAACGACAACGGCAACGACAUCAGAGCAAAGACGCGCAAGCAAGUCGUCACGGCCAUCUGUGAAUUGAUGCCCCACUAUGACGAUAUCGUUCAGGAUCAAGAUAGGACCGCGAUGGCGGUUUCCGCCAUUUUAAACAAUGCCAUUUUCGCUCCGGGAAGAAACAAGAAGUUGUCGACGUUCCUCCCUGGCUCCAUGAGCAUUUUGAAAGCUGUUGGCGAGCACCAUCCGUUGAGGAGCUGGAAGAAUCUCAUCAAUGAUUUAUUCAACGAGCCCGAUUUUUUCGUUGCCGAGCCGUUCAUCUUAUCUGAUGACUGGAAAGGGCUCGUUAGCUUAUGGUUGGAACACGACAAGGACAAGUUCAAAGAGAGGUUAUCCAAGCUUUCCUCUGCGUCCGCGAAUGGUGCUGGUGCCUUGUUCAGCUGGAACGAAGUGGCGGACAUUGAAAGCAAAGUAGGCACCUUGAAACGCAUCACGUAUAUGAUCUUGGUGCAGCCGCGCGACUACUAUGGCAACAGCUCCCACGCGUUGUUUGAAACGUUGAAAACCUUGUUGGAAGGUUCAAAUUGCCCACUCGCCAUCCGGAUCGAAAUCAGCAAGCUUUUGCGCGCCCUAGUGUUGAAGAGCAGCGAUGUGCACCUUACUCCGCAUUGGCCCUUGACUAUCCACGAGUUGUUAUCCAUCUUUGACUUGGCUAACAAGCCACCGAAAGAGCUCAGCUCGUUGUCGCAGGAUGAGAUGAGUUUGAUUUUAUUUGGCUGCAAAUUGCUUGACUUGUUGUUGAUUAUGGGCAACGAUGAGUUCAACUUGAACUCGUGGCUCUUUGUCAAGUUUAGCGAUUUCGAUAAGAAAGAGGAAACCGAUCUGAUUAUCGAUCAAAUCUCGUACAAGACCGAUUUCACCUACUCCAAAAUCGACCCUUUCCCGCUCCCCAAUAGCACUGCCUCGGAUACCAGAGGGUGGAGACCGUUGUUGGAAGGCGUUGGCAAGAUUGAGCUGGUUGCCCAGUUGAGGCUAUUCUUUGAGUCCUUGAGCAUGAUCCAAUACGAGCGAGCUUACAGUUUGAUGCGGGAGGAUUACAGAGUCUGCGUCGACGAUACCCUCAGCGACUUGAUGGUAUAG